AUGACCGGUCAAAUUGUGAUUAAAUCAUCAUCAGCGGCGACAAAUCGCCGUAAACCACUCCUCACUAAAACCCUAACUCCGUCGCAAACACCUCCGAAAAAAUCGUCAUCAAAUGUCGGAGAAGUCGCCGGAGUUACGGCGGCGAAUUGCUUCGUUGUGUGCUGCUGUUGUCCAUGUGUUCUAGUAGAAUUCGUAAUCCUGGCUGUGUACAAAGUUCCGGUGAAUCUUUGUCGUCGUGUGUGGAGGACUCGGCGGCGAAAGAUAAUGAUGAAAAAGAGGAGAAAGAAUGGAAUUCUUGAAGGAGCUAAGGAGGGGAGAUCUGGUGGGAGCGAGGUAUACUAUAAGGCUGGGUUUGUUGAUGAAUUGACAGAUAAACAUCGAAAGGAGUUUGAGAUGAUCAAGAUUUCAGUUGAUGGAUCAACUGUGGAGUUGGACCAGAAGAUGUGGGAACAAUUUCAUGAUACUGGGUUUUGGAGAAGCUCUUCUCGGAGGAAUUCUUGA